AUGAAAGAAUGGCGCCCCCCUGGAACAGCAGCGCGUCACUCCAAGGCCAUCUCAUCUUUGCCACAGAGGUCCACCAAGGCGGAAUUAGACUUGGUCGCGCUGCGGUACGGGGAGACCGUUGCUGCGAAGCCGCCAAUACCGAUUACUACUCCCUUCACGCCGCCAGCGCCAGCGCCAGCGCCAGCAACCGUACCUAACGUCGGUAUCAAUCCUCAUUCUGCGCGGCGCAAACCCCCUAGAGCAACACCCGACGAAAAGGAUACCACGAAGAGAGAUUCCGUUCUUGCGCCCGUGACACCAUUAUCGUCCAGGGCAACAGAAGCUUCGAUCAGAACAGUUGAGGAUGAUGCGCUGGGCAUUGCGAUAAAUUUCGAUUCCCCACUGGUAGCUUCCAUUUCCAACGUCGCAGAGACCGCACCACAAAUUCAUACUGGGCAACGCGCUCGGACGACGAAUGCCACCCCUUCCAGCAUACAGCGGGAAAGGACAAAUUCGAGGAAGAGUACCGCGUCGAAGGUUGCGUCCUCCUCUUCAAUAUCAACAAACGAGGAGUUUGCGCCAAUUACAACCCAUAUACCGACCGAUAGCCUGCUGGAUGGCGGGUUCCUAGAUCAUAUUACAUUUUCAAGAAGAGGGAGCGUUAUGUUUAGGGGAAGGAAGGCCGUGAAUGGGCAUGCGCGCCAAAACGGGGGACCGAGACAACCAAGCGUCUCCAUGGUAGCCUCGCCGACUAUCAAAGUGUUAUCCGAAGAUGUCGAAAAGGAGUCGCAGAAGGUCAGGUCGAUGUAUGAGCAGGAGCCAACUUUAGACUGGCGAGAUGGUAUAAUUCCAGCAGAUGCGGAUCUUGAUAUCGAGGAGGAAAUAAUAGUAGUAGAGGGGGGGCCAAGCGCGAAUGACCUUCUAACACCAAAUGGAAAUGGCGACGCCCAGCGCCCUAGCAGCGGUAUAUCAAUAAGCAGCGAAAUUAGGGAGCAUGAACGAGCUGGAGGCAUUGAAGAUUGGGAGGAUGUCAACGGAGGGGACGUGGAUCGAUAUGGUUUCAUUAAUAUGCGCUGUAUUUCAAGACCUGGGACUCCGGAGCCGAGGCCACUUCAAAGAAUUCCUACAGUGCUCCAAUUGGCAUCCGAGACGCCCAGAAAAAAGAGGUUUGGCAGUUCUUCCUUAGCUGCCGUUUCUGGCAAAGCAGGGCUUUCUCCAAAUAGGAAAGUAUCUGCUAGGUCUCUGAACACCCAGGUAUCGGCCCAAUCUACAAGAACCAUUGGUCGAGCUCAAUUGCGCGCCGCUGCGAAUCGGUUGCCUGGCAAUAAGGAUAGGCGCUGGAUGGACGAAGCAGGCGAUAUGCUCACGUUACCCCCAGGUCUAGCAGAUAUCGCUGAAGACGAAGAAGGUGGUAAGGCGUCAGAGGGUUUAAAGAAAAAGGAAUGGGAUCGUACCGAAAAGUGGAGGAAAAUGGCCAAGGUGGUCAAGACAGGCAAAGAUGGAGAGGGGAUGGAAUUCGAAUUUGACACGCGGAAUUCGAAGUUGAUUGAACGCACAUGGAAGGGUAUACCUGAUCGGUGGAGAGCCGCAGCCUGGCAUUCAUUCUUGAGCGCCUCUGCAAAAAAGAGGAAGGACAGUGCGACUGAUGAGCAGAUUAUCCUGGAUUUUGAUAGGCUGCAGCAUCAGAGCUCAGCAGAUGACGUUCAAAUUGAUAUCGAUGUUCCGAGGACAAUCAAUAGCCACAUCAUGUUCCGAAGGCGGUAUCGAGGGGGCCAGCGUCUACUGUUCCGGGUUCUUCAUGCUAUAUCCUUGUAUUUCCCAGAGACUGGAUAUGUUCAGGGGAUGGCGUCGCUAGCAGCGACUCUACUCUGUUAUUAUGACGAAGAAAUGGCCUUUGUCAUGGUAGUAAGGAUGUGGUCACUUCGAGGUCUUGACAAGCUAUAUGAGACCGGGUUUCCAGGUUUGAUGGCAGCGCUCGACGAGUUCCAGAAACAAUGGCUGGAUGGUAGUGAGGUAGCUCGCAAGCUCGCCGAGCUUUGUAUUGAACCUACUGCCUAUGGUACGAGGUGGUACCUCACUCUGUUCAAUUACUCAAUUCCCUUUCCAGCCCAGCUACGUGUCUGGGACGUCUUCAUGCUUCUUGGCGAUCCAGAGCCCACGAUUUCACCAACGGAGGACCGGCCUUUUGCUGGGAGUUUGGAUGUUCUUCACGCCACCAGCGCAGCUCUUAUUGACGGCACAAGAGAGAUACUUCUCGACAGUGAUUUCGAGAAUGCGAUGAAAGUUCUUACGAGUUGGGUGCCGGUCAAGGACGAGGAGCUUCUAAUGAAGGUCGCAAAGGCGGAAUGGAAACUCCAUCGAUCGAAGAAGAAACGCCGAGGUUGA